AUGGCACAUCUUACCAAAAGAAAAGUUCUUUCCGAUCUAUCCGGUGGCUGGUGUCGAAACUAUAGUCACUAUCCACACGUGCUGGCACGUCAGUUCCUAGUGACCAUCACCAAUUACGUUCUCUACAUGGCCGGGUUGGAUGGUGGACUCAUCCCGGAUGAUGAAGAUUCUUCAAGCUCGAUGAGCCGCAACUGA